UUACGUCGUCGACCAAGGCGGUGUAGAAGGGGCUUGUUGAUUGGCCGGAGGGAAGUGCUAGCUGAAAUAAAAUCAAGCUGAUUUUACAUUUGUUUUCAUUUUCUUGGAGCGUCGACCCAGAGACCAGUGUGCACUUCAUGGUUGACUGUCCACGAUUCCAAUUCUACUACACUGUACAGCGCUCCCAACUCUCGGCCCUUUACAUCACAACUCGACCUUCCUACUCUGGCACUGGUAGCCUUUUGACACACCUAGCACGGCAUCCAGCAGCAGUCAUCCGCAUCAGCUGUUUUCGUGAAGGAGACUGGCCAGCUGCUACGCCUAUGAUAACUUCAUAGGACCACCUUGGCUUGAAAGAAUCAUUAAAUCCUCGCUGUCUCACCAACAACACCACAUUUUAAUCUAUGAGUCCUGUUUCUCAUGUGCACUCUUCUAAGGGUGCUUCAGGCCCCACAAUACACACACACUACUGCUAUAUGAAAUUAUAAUAAGAGGAUGAUCUAUAUAAAGGUGUUCAAGGCAUAGAACCCGAAGUGAAGCUGCAAAGGAAGGGAAACUGGGGAGAACAUGAAUUCUUUCCACCUUGUAAUGUUGUAGAGGGAUGAAAUUCAGUGAUCCUUUGCUUUGCUUUAAAUCAAGGCUCUUUAUUAAAGCCGUCAAGAUGAUGUCUGCAACGGGCAACAUUAGGCUCCUGCGCACCCCAGGUCACCAUGGCUACAGUGUUAAAUUCAGCCCAUUUAGCCCCAGUCUUAUUGCUGUUGCCACUGGACAAAAUUUUGGUCUAUCAGGAGGUGGCAGUCUGUUGGUAAUGGAUCUUGGAUUACCUGGCAAUGGCCAGGUGUGCUGCUGUCAGUGGCAGGAUGGCCUCUUUGACCUGACCUGGAGUGAACAGAACCCAAAGUGCGUGGUCAGUGCUGCAGGAGAUGGCUCCCUCCAGAUGUGGAACACAAGCCAACCUCAGGUACCCUUGAGGGUGUACAAGGAGCACACCCGGGAAGCUGCUUCUGUGCACUGGAGCCAGACAAGGGAUGAGCAUCUAUUUGUCUCGGCCUCGUGGGACUCCACAAUCCGGCUGUGGGAUCCCAACCAUCAGAGCUCCCUGGUGACCUUGGCAGGACACGAGGGACUUGUAUACCAAGCAGCAUGGUCACCUCAUUUGCCGGGGUGUGUUGCUUCAGCUUCAGGACAUGGCACACUGAGAAUAUGGAAUGUACGGAGGCCCCAGGCAGGUCCUUCGAUGGUGGUGCAGGCAUGUACAGCUGGUGAAGUCCUCAGCUGUGAUUGGUCCAAGUACAACCAAAACCUCAUUGUGACUUCUGGCACAAAUUGUAACAUCUGUGGUUGGGAUCUACGGCAGCCAGCAUUGCCCGUCUUUGUCCUCCAGGGCCACCAGUACCCAGCACGGCAGGUAAAGUGUUCACCCUUCCAGGAGACUCAACUAGCCUCAGUCUCCUAUGACUUUACAACAAGAUUCUGGGAUCACAGCCAGCCCUCACCUUGUCUUCUUAUGAUGGAGAAGCACACUGAGUUUGUGUAUGGCCUUGACCUGUCCAACCAUAAUGAGAACAUGCUUGCUGAUUGUGCCUGGGACCAGAGUGUAGGGGUGUACAAUCUUGGUAAACUGACUCCAAGUCCCUAAAGUUGAUGGAGUUGCUACUGAUAAGUAAUAUUUUAGAAAAGAAGUAGCCUUAUAAAGAUUUUGUUCACACAAAGGGCCAUAAAGAUUGAUAACAUUUCUUAGGAGUCACAGAGAACUGCUGCUACUUUAUGCUCUAUGAUUUUAUUAUAUUUUUAUGUGACAACACUAGCUUAAGACUAAGGCACUCCUAAAGGCUAUUGUUCUGAAAUUACAAUUUAAAGUGGAGAAAAUAUGAGCUUUGUUGAAUAUAAUACUAUACUGUCAACUCAUGAUUAACAUGAGGGUUAUGUUCUUGGAGAUGUUGUGUUAUUUAAAAUUAUGUUAUUCAAACAAUUUUCCCAUAGAAAACAGUGCUAAUAGGAGGAGGGUUACGUUCCUGGCCACCAGGAAAGUCUGCCUACUUUGGGGAUUCUGUUACUCAUACUUCCAAAAUAAAUCUUAGUACAUUGUUAGGUCAUGGAAAUAAUGAAAACACAAGUUCUCAUUUUAUUAGUUGUAAUGGUAUGCAACAUGAUCUUCAGUCCCAUUGCAUGGACAAUCACUGAUGUCUUCUGUCUUAGUAUAGUGAUCUAACACUUUCAGCUUCUUUUCAGUGGUUACAGUCUUCCUUGAUUUCUUGGAGUCACUUUCCUGUGAGGGACGCUUAGAUGCCAUAGUAUAGGACACAAGGUGAAAAUGCUGGGAAAUGAUCCACUCAUUGUUUGGUUAGCUCCAGACUGAAGAGUGAGGACUGUGAAAAGGAACAGCUGAGCAUUUCUGGACUUUCACUCAGUGCCAUGGAGUCGAAGUAAUCCUCAUGGCAUGAUCGUAUAUGAAUAAAAAAGAUAUGAUACAGGGGAUCUUCGCAAUUCAACGGAGUUAGGACAGUUUUUCAUUGGUUGAAUCAGCAUUUAUUCGAAUCAUGAAGCAAUUUUUCCCAUAAGAUACUUAAGAAUUAGGGGGAUAGGGACCAACCUCCAGCCUAGACCUCCCUCAAAACAUCACUAUAACCUCUAAAAACACUAACUUAGACUAAAUCAGUACUAUUACAGGCUUCAUUUAUAUAUAACUUAUUUUAUUAAACACAUUAGGGUGCUGCAGAGUACAUUUUUGGAAAUAAAAAUACUUGCAUGAUGCAGUGGUAUCGCAGUACUUGUCCCUGUUCUUCCAAAUUGUUGAUAUUGUUGAUCUAGGGACACCCAUUUGUACUACAAUGACACUGUGAGCUAUACCUGCCUCACACUUUCUUAUAAGCUCAAGCUUAUCUUUGAAAGGCAGGAAAUUGUGCUUCUUAGGAGUGGGGCUGGAGGUGGCUUUCCGUCAUCUUGAGUCAGACGAAACGCAAUGCUUUCCUCUAGCGUCAAGUUUUGGUCAAAUUAAGAUCUAUGGUUUCUAAUUAACAAUUUUAUGAUAAAAUUAAAUUUUCUUGUUAAUUGGAAUGAUGUUAUAAUCUCAAAUCAAUAGAAUCUUGAUAAGUAGAUGUAAAUAUAUU